UACCAAAAUAAAUUUUAUUCCAAAAAAAAAAAAAAAAAAAAAAAAAAAGGGAAAAAGAAAACCGACACAGCAUUUCAUUCCACAAGCUCAAGUAACGAAGAAAUUCUUCAUUAACUUCCACCGUCUGAAAAAUAACCACUUCUUCAAAGAUCUAGGGUUUUCAGAGACAAAGAAGCAAAAAAAAUCUCCGGCAGAUAUGGCGCUUGAAUGGGUUGUGUUGGGCUACGCGGCUGCCGCAGAAGCGAUCAUGGUCCUCCUCCUGACGAUCCCGGGACUCGAUGGUCUCCGAAAGGGUCUCAUCGCCGUGACACGUAAUCUGCUCAAGCCUUUCCUCUCGAUUGUGCCGUUUUGCCUCUUCUUGCUCUUGGAUAUCUACUGGAAGUACGAGACCCGUCCCAACUGUGAGGCCGAUUCCUGUACCCCAUCUGAGCAUCUGCGACACCAGAAAUCCAUCAUGAAGAGCCAGCGUAAUGCGCUUCUGAUCGGCGCCGCUUUGAUCUUCUACUGGCUUCUCUACUCCGUCACCAGCCUCGUCGUCCGGAUCGAGCAGCUCAAUCAGCGAAUCGAGCGGUUGAAGAACCGGAACUGAAUUCAUAUGGGUUUGUGUUCAAAAAAAAUUUCACAUGGAUUUAGACGAAUUAUGGAGUAAUUUUCUUUUAAUUUUCUUUUCUUUCUUUUUUUUAUGUUCUUGUAUGUUGUUUUUUUUUUAGAUUUUUAUGUUUUUGGAUGCUUUUAUAACAUGAUAAAUUGCUUUAAUGUUGGAUAUUUGGAAUUUUUAGUUGGGAUUAUACUGCAUUGCGUUUGAAAUUAAUCGAAUGUCAAAGCUACUACUGCAUUUUGCA